UCACUGACGACACGACUUUAGGUUGCCCACCGAUGGUGCAGGGGUCCCUUGCUCCCGUCCUGCAGCAGUUGCCAGGAACUGCUUAACCCAUCAUCGGUCUCGUGUGAUUUGAUGGGCGACUACAUGGGUACAGUGACAGGUGCACGUACUGUAUCGUGCACGCAUGACUUGCAUUCCAGUGUGCCAUAUCUGGAUUGCAACCAUGAAUACCGUGGUAACCAUGACAGGGGAGUGGCUAGUGGCGGGUACUUAGGUAUAAGAAGGCCUGGGAUGGCCUCCAUCAGCAUCGCCCUGCUACCCUUCCUCCUGUCUCCCACCCCACGAAACCUCCUCCUAUUCACUCACAAUAGACAUGGCACCAGCUGAGCCAAAUACUCUCCCCUUCCAGGCCAAGGGGCAGGAGCCUCAUUUUCCAGAGGAGCUUGAGGGUUGGAAAGGCUAUAUCGAAUGGGAGAAAUACCCCGAGAAGAAAAAGGAGGCAGAGGCCAUACUCGACAGAUAUGACUUCCCUGAUCCCCCUGAAUACCAACUGCAACACGUGCCGCCCAACAACCCGCUGCUAACGGGCGAAAGGUUUAAGCAAUACCAUUAUGCACUGGGGCCCACAGUGGCGUCUAUUCCAGACAUCAGUUGGAAUUACGUCCUCGAGGAAAAGUCAAAGGAUAUGAUCCACGUUCUCCAAUUCCCAUACAACGGAGAACCGCCUCGGGACCGCCUCGUCGAGAACCCCAUCACCUCCAACGCUGACUUUUUUGUUCGCAACCAUGGGGGAGUUCCUGAAAUCGACGCCGACAGGUACACUCUCGAAAUCGGUGGCUUUGUCAAAGAGCCCAAACGUAUCACCCUCGCUGAACUGCAGAACGAGGACUUGUUCCCGCGCAAGACAAUGACAGUGUCACUGCAGUGCUCGGGCACCCGUCGCAUAGAGCAAAUUCGAAAAUAUCCAGGCGACGGCGAUGAACUCAUCAACGCGCCCUGGGGAGAGGGUGCCAUAGGGACCGCCACCUGGACCGGUGUCUCGCUCAAGAAGGUCAUUAAAUACUGCGGCGGCCUGACCCCGGAGGCCAAGGCGGGUCACCUUGAGUUCUUCGGUGCGGACACCUAUUUCAAGAAGAAACGGGUCAUGAACUACCGCGUCUCUGUGCCUUGGCGAAAGGUCAAAGCCAACGAAGUUCUUCUGGCUUGGGAGAUGAACGGGAAGCCGCUUCCGCGCAUCCACGGCUACCCACUACGGACAGUCGUCUGCGGUUACAUCGGUGCCCGGAGUUGCAAGUGGCUGUAUCGAAUCGACGCCAUCUCGGAGCCGUCGCUCGCACCCGUCCAGAGGAAAGAGUACCUGUACUACACCACUCAGGUGGGCAAGCAGAACUCGAUGUACUCGAAUGGCUUCAGCAUUCAGGACAUGCCUGUUAGUAGCGCCAUCAUGUCGCCCGUGGAGAAGGACCAGAUUAUCCACGACGGCAAGAUCAAGCUCAGGGGAUGGGCCUACAGCGGAGGCGGCCGCUGGCCUGUUCGUGUGGAGGUCAGUGGUGAUGGCGGUAGCAUCUGGUAUGAAGUGCCCUAUGACAAGAUGAGCAAGAAGUACUACCAUGCAUGGAGGCUCUGGGAGCUAGAGAUGCCGGUCGAUGCAGAGGGCUGGCUGGAGUUCUGCGUCCGGACCUGGGAUAAUGCUCUAAACACACAACCUACUUUUACCCGCUCGGCUUGGAACUGGGACCUUCACGUCACCAUCAACCGUUCGCGGCCCGCCACUGCGGCGAGGCUGAAGAUGCUGGAGGAGAAGGGCCUGUCCAUCAUUCCCAUCACAAAACCACUGGAGUUUGAUCUUGAGACUGACGACGAGUGGCGUGCUAACAUGGAGGCGCGGGAUGGUAGGGAUCCAGAGGAGUAG